GGGCGGAGAGAGGGAAGUGGGCGGGAGCCGGGGGCAGAGUCGCGAGAGUCGCCGGUGGCCGCGGGGCGCUUGGCAGGUGGGAGCCCGCGUGGGCCGGGCCGGGAUGAGCAAUGGCAUCAGUCAAGGUGGCCGUGAGGGUCCGGCCCAUGAAUCGCAGGGAAAAGGACUUGGAAGCCAAAUUCAUUAUUCAAAUGGAGAAAAGCAAAACAACAAUCACAAACUUAAAGAUACCAGAAGGAGGGACUGGGGACUCAGGAAGAGAACGGACCAAGACCUUCACCUAUGACUUCUCUUUUUAUUCUGCUGAUACAAAAAGUCCAAAUUACGUCUCACAGGAGAUGGUUUUCAAAACCCUUGGCACAGAUGUCGUGAAGUCUGCAUUUGAAGGUUAUAAUGCUUGUGUCUUUGCAUAUGGGCAAACUGGAUCGGGAAAGUCAUACACUAUGAUGGGAAAUUCUGGCGAUUCUGGCUUAAUACCUCGCAUCUGUGAAGGGCUCUUCAGUCAGAUAAAUGAAACCACCAGAUGGGACGAAGCAUCUUUUCGAACUGAAGUCAGCUACUUGGAAAUUUAUAAUGAACGUGUGAGAGAUCUGCUUAGGCGGAAGUCAUCCAAAACCUUCAAUCUAAGAGUCCGAGAGCAUCCAAAAGAAGGACCGUAUGUUGAGGAUUUAUCCAAACAUUUAGUACAGAAUUACAGUGAUGUUGAAGAACUGAUGGAUGCGGGAAAUAUCAAUCGAACCACAGCAGCGACUGGGAUGAACGAUGUCAGUAGCAGGUCUCAUGCCAUCUUCACCAUCAAGUUCACUCAGGCAAAAUUUGAUUCUGAAAUGCCGUGUGAAACUGUGAGUAAGAUCCACCUAGUCGAUCUUGCUGGAAGUGAGCGCGCGGAUGCCACUGGUGCCACUGGGGUUAGACUGAAGGAAGGGGGGAAUAUUAACAAAUCCCUCGUGACUCUGGGAAAUGUCAUUUCUGCCUUAGCUGACUUAUCUCAGGAUGCGGCAAACCCUCUUGUGAAGAAGAAGCAAGUUUUUGUGCCUUACAGGGAUUCUGUUUUGACUUGGUUGUUGAAAGAUAGCCUUGGUGGGAACUCUAAAACCAUCAUGAUCGCCACCAUUUCACCUGCUGAUGUCAAUUACGGAGAAACCCUAAGUACUCUUCGCUAUGCAAAUAGAGCCAAAAACAUCAUCAACAAGCCUACUAUUAAUGAGGACACCAACGUCAAACUCAUCCGUGAGCUGCGUGCUGAAAUAGCCAGACUGAAAACACUGCUCGCUCAAGGGAAUCAGAUCGCCCUCUUAGACUCCCCCACAGCCUUAAGUAUGGAGGAAAAACUUCAGCAGAAUGAAGCAAGAGUUCAAGAAUUGACCAAGGAAUGGACAAAUAAGUGGAAUGAAACCCAAAAUAUUUUGAAAGAACAAACUCUAGCCCUUAGGAAAGAAGGGAUUGGAGUUGUUUUGGAUUCUGAACUGCCCCAUUUGAUUGGCAUUGAUGAUGACCUUCUGAGUACUGGAAUCAUAUUAUAUCACUUGAAGGAAGGUCAGACAUACGUUGGUAGAGAAGAUGCUUCAACAGAACAAGAUAUUGUUCUUCAUGGCCUCGACUUAGAGAGUGAGCACUGCAUCUUUGAGAAUGUUGGGGGAACGGUGACUCUCAUACCCCUGAGCGGGUCUCAGUGCUCUGUGAAUGGUGUUCAGAUCAUGGAGGCCACACACCUAAAUCAAGGUGCUGUGAUACUCUUGGGUAGAACGAAUAUGUUUCGCUUUAACCAUCCUAAGGAGGCUGCCAAGCUCAGGGAGAAGAGGAAGAGUGGCCUUCUGUCCUCCUUCAGCUUGUCCAUGACUGACCUCUCCAAGUCUUGUGAGAACCUGUCUGCGGUCAUGUUAUAUAACCCAGGACUUGAAUUUGAGCGGCAACAGCGUGAAGAACUUGAAAAAUUAGAAAGUAAAAGGAAACUCAUAGAAGAAAUGGAAGAAAAGCAAAAGUCAGAUAAGGCCGAACUGGAACGGAUGCAGCAGGAGGUGGAGACUCAGCGCAAGGAGACGGAGAUUGUCCAGCUCCAGAUCCGCAAGCAGGAGGAGAGCCUCAAGCGCCGCAGCUUCCACAUUGAGAGCAAGCUGAAGGAUUUGCUCGCCGAGAAGGAAAAGUUUGAAGAGGAAAGGCUGAGGGAGCAGCAGGAAAUCGAGCUGCAGAAAAAGAAGCAAGAGGAGGAGAGCUUUCUCCGAGUCAAAGAAGAGCUCCAGCGGCUGCAAGAACUCAACAACAACGAGAAGGCCGAGAAGCUCCAGAUAUUUCAAGAGCUGGACCGGCUCAAAAGGGAGAAGGAUGAGCAGUACGCCAAGCUCGAACUGGAGAAGAAGAGGCUGGAGGAGCAGGAGAAGGAGCAGGUCAUGCUUGUGGUGCAUCUGGAAGAGCAGCUGCGCGAGAAGCAGGAGAUGAUCCGGCUUCUCCGGCGAGGCGAAGUGCAGCGGGUGGAGGAGGAGAAGAAGGACCUGGAAGGUAUCCGGGAGUCCCUGCUGCGGGUGAAGGAGGCCCGGGCCGAAGGGGAUGAGGACGGUGAGGAGUUAGAGAGGGCUCAGCUGCAUUUCUUAGAGUUCAAGAGAAGGCAGCUGGUCAAGCUAGCCAACUUGGAGAAAGACCUGGUUCAGCAGAAGGACCUCCUGAAAAGAGAAGUUGAGGAAGAACAGGAGCUCCUGGAGCGUUUAAAAUCUGCAAAUGAAGAAGACGUUAGAUUUUUGGAGAACAAUGAUGGUAGCGUCACAGAUGUCACCCUGGCGGCUCAAAAUUUAGAGAAAAUAAAGCCGGUGGAAUACAGGCUGCAGUAUAAAGAACGCCAGCUCCAGUACCUCCUGCAGAAUCAUUUGCCGACCCUGUUGGAGGAGAAGCAGAGAGCAUUUGAAAUCCUUGACAGAGGUCCUCUCGGCUUAGAUAACACUCUGUAUCAAGUGGAAAAAGAAAUGGAAGAGAAAGAAGAACAGCUUGCACAGUACCGGGCCAAUGCGAGCCAGCUGCAGAAGCUCCAGGCCACCUUUGAAUUCACUGCCAACAUUGCACGUCAGGAGGAAAAAGUGAGGAAGAAGGAAAAAGAGAUUCUCGAGUCCCGGGAGAAGCAGCAGAGGGAGGCCCUGGAGCGGGCCGUGGCCAGGCUGGAGAGGCGGCAUUCAGCCCUGCAGAGGCGCUCCACCCUGGGCCUGGAGAUCGAGGAGCAGAGGCAGAAGCUGGCCACACUGAACAGCAGCAGCAGUGAGCAGUCGGGGCUCCGGGCCAGCCUGGAAGCUGAGCAGGAAGCCCUGGAGAAGGACAGGGAGAGAUUAGAGCAUGAAAUCCAACAGUUGAAGGAGAAGAUCUGUGAGGUUGAUGGUGUUCAAAAAGGGCAUCGUGGGACCUUGGAGGGAAAAGCUGCUGCUUCCAGCUUGCCACCCAGUGCUGAAAAGUCUCACCUGGUCCCUCUGAUGGAUGCCAGGAUCAGUGCUUACAUUGAAGAAGAAGUCCAAAGACGACUUCAGGACUUACAUCGCGUGAUUGACGAGGAUAGCAAUGCAUCUGCCGAUGUGGUGAAGGAUAAUGAGAAACUCCACAAUGGCACCAUUCAACGUAAGCUAAAAUAUGAGCGGAUGGUUUCUCGCUCUUUGGGAGCAAAUCCAGACGACCUGAAGGACCCGAUUAAAAUUAGUAUUCCACGCUAUGUGCUGUGUGGGCAAGGGAAGGAUGAGCACUUCGAGUUUGAGGUCAAGAUUACUGUCCUAGAUGAGACAUGGACCGUAUUCAGGCGCUACAGUCGUUUUCGAGAAAUGCAUAAAACAUUGAAGUUAAAGUAUGCAGAGCUUGCUACCCUUGAGUUCCCUCCAAAGAAACUAUUUGGAAACAAGGAUGAACGUGUGAUUGCUGAGAGGCGGAGUCACUUAGAGAAAUACCUCAGGGACUUUUUCAGUGUGAUGCUCCAAUCUGCGACAUCCCCCCUGCACAUCAACAAGGUGGGGCUGACCCUUUCCAAACACACCAUCUGUGAGUUCUCGCCGUUCUUCAAGAAGGGAGUCUUUGACUACAGCAGCUACGGGACGGGGUAGAGCUGGGAUGGGGGAUGGGGGACGGAGGAACCACCAACGCAGUGCCUUCUCGUCGAAGGGGCCCUCCCAGCGCAGGGCGGCCUCCCACGCUCGGUCCGAGCCCGCCUCCUCCGGUGGCACCCAGGCCGCCUCGCCAGGGCCUACCGAGUUCCCGAACCUGGAACUGGCACGGUUCGCUUUGCUGAUGGGGACCCCGACGGGCAGCUGUUGCUGGCCCAUUGCCAUUGAAUGUGGCCUUUUCCCCAUAGUGCUUCCUUUUCGUCACAGCAGAGUCUGCCCCAGAAUGGACGUGGCUGGGUUGUCUCGGGCUCUCUGAGCCCCGCCGGCCCAGGACCUCCCCAAGUGAGCGGGCGGCUCACCAGACCUCCCUUAAAUGACUGUCAUCUGGUUUCCUCUUCCACCAAAAUAUAUAUCUUAUUUUUUAUAUUCCUCCCAUGUGGCUGGCUACGUCCCAAGAGAAGCAUUUUAAAUGAUUUCAUUGUAUUUUUUUUCCUUUUUCUCUCAUUUGAGUCAGAACUUUUGUACAAUACCUAACCACCGAUGUUUACACAGAAUUUCAUAUUCUGCAAAAGGGAAUUUUGGUCCAAUCAUGCCUGGAAUCUUCCAUGCUUGACAAAUUGGAUGUAGGUGACAUCACUUAAGACUUCUGUAAAUCCGUACAAAUAGGAUAUUUGUUUAAUCUUGAAUAUUUGAGGAAAUUUCCCAAAUGUAAAUGGCUACUGUGCAUUCUUGAGCUUUCUCCGCUAAGCACAAAACAAGCGCAUAGCUGAAUGCCUAUUUUUAAAUAUUAUUUUUUCCACAUUUUUUGUUACAGAAUCUACUGGAUCUUUGGCUGAAAGACUAGAAUUUAUAGUAGUUAUUAAUCCCUUAAAUUACUCAGGACUUAAUGUAGCAUUGCACAUCUAUGUACAGUAAAACUGCUUUGUUUUACUAAAGAGAAAAAUGUGAGUAGAGAAAAUAUAAAUGUCGUAUAUAUGGAAAUGUAUAUAAUUCUACCUAUAGAUUUAUAUAUGUACACAUGCCUGUACCAUAGUUGUAUCAAAAUAUAUUAAUUGUUCACACCAAAUUUAUUAAAGGUAUUUGCUUUUUCAAAAUUUAAAUUGAGCUGCUAUCAAUAUUAAAUGAAGUUAU